GGGACCCGCCCGCGCCGAUCGCUUCCCCCGCGACCCCGCCACUUGUCAAAAUAACUAAUUGAUUUAUACCCCCAAACAUUAGCCAAGUAGAAAGCGAACUUCACACUUUGAACCCGAGUCCGAAGCAAUUUAUUCAGGAAAGUUUUGACGGAGCGCAAUAACAUGUUGAGAAUUAGUCAACGCUGUGAACUCUCGAUUAAGUUGGUGAUAAGUUUCAAACGUGUGUCGUAGGCGGGAACGGUUGCUCAUGUGCGAUUAGCUAUAAGUCGCCGCUGAGCGGCAAUCUGUCACGGUAAAGUGACAUACGAAUGAGUGAUCGUAAAUAUUAGGCGGUCCUUUGUAGUAUUUCACCGCCAAGUCACGAUGACAUACCCAGCCUAAUGGAUUCUCCUGGUACAAAUAAAAUGGCCCUAAUCUGAAGAAUUGCGGUCGUAUCGUAGACUCUUAAUUAAUUUUGUCUGUGACUUGUCAUUGCCCUUUUCCAUUAUAUAAAUUAGAUACUGCCAAACAUUUUACUUUGAGUACACAACAUUCGUCUGAAGUUCCUUAAUAGCCGUCGUUAAACGCAGCUGAGUACGUUUUAAUCAACACGCUACCGGAAUGGGCCAGACUUGGGCGAAAUCCGUUUUAUUGCUAUCUCUUCUACAUGGCUUCCUCUUCCUCAUUGCUGACUCUGGAACAGAUGCCCCAACAGAGAACACUACAGUAGACAUAUCCUCCCAACGUUUCCGGGCCGAGUUUCUUCAAGAAUGGCAAGGAUCAGCCAAUGCUCCCUACUUCGAUCCUAGCACUCCAAGAAAUAUAACUGGACUAGUUGGACAUCCCGUCAGAUUGUUGUGCCGCGUCAAGAAUUUGCAAAACAGAACGGUGUCAUGGGUGCGUCAUCGCGACAUCCACCUGCUGACGGUAGGUCGCUACACGUACACAUCGGACCAGCGGUUCGAGGCGCAGCACAAGCCGCGCUCCGAGGAGUGGGCGCUGCGCAUCCGCUCCCCGCAGCGGCGAGACUCCGGCCAGUAUGAGUGCCAGAUCUCGACCACGCCACCUAUCGGCCAUGCUGUCUUCCUUAACAUUGUCGAGCCUGAAACAAUGAUUUCAAGUGGCGCCGAGCUGUUUAUCCAAGCUGGUUCCACCAUCAACCUGACGUGUACUGUGCGACAUACUCCCGAACCCCCCACUUCAAUUACUUGGACUCACGCAGAACAGGUCAUAAACUUCGACUCUGCUCGAGGCGGCAUCUCCUUGGUCACCGAGAAAGGAAUGAAAAGCACAAGUCGCCUGCUGGUCCAGCGGGCGAGAGGCGCGGAUGCGGGGCUCUACACGUGCGGGCCAAACAACGCGCCUCCUGCAUCCACUCGAGUUCAUGUUUUGUCUGGUGAACAUCCAGCAGCGAUGCAGCAAGGCUGCGCAAAAUCGUCUCUGGACAGAGUGACAACAAUACUAUGCUGUCUUUUGACAUUCUACUUUCUAAAUAAAUCGUUUUCUGACAUGCAGUUUGGUACUUAAUUAUAUCUUCAUAAUAAAAUUAUGAUUCAUGAUUUCAACAAAAUAAUUUGUUAAUUGAAAUAAAUUAUGUACAAUGUACAUACAUAUAUGCAGUUUUCCAAUAUAUAAGGGUUCUCGUGCUUCGAUUGCAAUUAUAUGUUUUCAUCUGAUUUUUUAACAUAAAUUCUGUUAUUUAUUGUACCACAACCGUAUCAACCCUUCUCGUAUGGAAAUUCAAGUACAAACAUAUUAAUUAUUUACUUUAGAAUUGUGUCCAUGUAAACAUUGCCCCAUCACUAAUCUAAGUACUCUGUAAUUAAACCAUUUUGUGACUGUUAUUAGUGUAAUUUUAUAAGGAAUGUAAAAAUAGUUUAACUAAUAAACACAUCAUCGAAAAAAUAAAUACUUACA